AGUUAUAAUAACAUUAUUUAAAGUUUUUCUACGUGUGCUAAGUGUUGUUUUUUUCCUGUAGUAUAUACUGGUCACAUCUGAGUGAACAGUUGUUAUUUUAUUUAUGUUUCAUUCUAUAAAGGAACAUUCAGACCGUGAUAGCUUGAAUGACUUUUUCUAGAUUUCUUUAAAACUAUAUGGAAACACUGUGAAAAAUAUAUCAUAAACAUGGCAACAAAUUUUAACCAUGACGACCAGGAUGGAGGAGAAAAUAUUCAGCCUCAUUUGGGAUCAUUUCAGUAUAAAGAACCAUCAUCACUUGAACAAAUUAAUCCCGGUUUUGUAAGCGCCGACCAUGACAACAAAGAAUAUAACAAUCAAACUUCUCCAACAUUAAACAACACAGGACAACUUUCUACGGAUAAUCAUAAUUCACGGGUUAAUUCAACAGAAAAUGGCGAUGUUUCAGACACUGCGUCAUAUCCGGUUAUGUACAGUACUGGUGGUCACAGCAGUGUAGUACAAGAACAAGUGGUUAUAAAGAAACUAGACGGAUCAAAAGUCAUACAAACAGAACAAUGUUGUGAUUAUGCACAAAGUUAUAAAAAGAAACAGAAACCCUUACGUAAAGAACGGAUACUACGAUUGAAAAUUUUAAGUAUUAUUGCUAUAAUUAUAUACUUUCCACUAGGAAUUCCAGCUGCAUACUUUGCUUUUAAUAUAAAGAAAGAAUUCGAUGCAGGUAUAGUGCGUGGCAAUAUAGACAAGGCACAGAAGUACGCUGGACGUUCAGAAAAGCUAGUUAUUUUUGCCAUUAUUUUUGCAGUUUUGACAGCUGUGUUGGUAUUUGCUCUAGUUGAUAGAUUGAGCGGCAAUAACGAUGGUUAUGUACCCACACAUCGCAUUUUACCGGGUCGGUAAUACUGGUUUUCUGAUUUAGUUUUUAUCAAAAGUUCAACACCAAUACUCUAUAUUUGAUAUGAUAUAGUUCAGUCAAUUAGUUACUCAUAAGAUGAGGGAAUGGGUUUUCAAAAACUAGUUAUAAUAUGCUGGUUUUUUUCAUAUAUUGUUGACGUAUUACAAACAUGAUCAAUAUGUUUCCACAAUAUCUUUUUACAAAUUUGAUCAAGGAAAACGUAUCUUUUAUUUCCAAGCUCAAUUUCUAUCUCAACCAAAUAAUUUUUUUUUCAAAGUUAGAUAGUAAUUCUUUGUUAUCAAAAAUAUUCUAACCAAAAUGCAUUGAACAUUUUUAUAAAUGUCUGAAAAAUUUAAAGCAAAAAUCAAAUAAACUUUAGUUGUAGUUAUUUCAGGCAUUUCCAGAGAAAUAUCUAUGCAUUAGUUUACCGUAUUAUAUUAUUGUUUCAUCAAAUUUUUAUCUAUGUAUUCUAUUGACAAUCAUUGUCUCUAAAUAGCGAUUCAUAUUUAAUAUUAUCACUUCGUAUAUUUGUAUAUAUUCAAAUGAUAU